UACGUCAUAGUUGAUUUUAACUACUAGGGUUUCUUUCUGCGCCAUACACAUACACAGAUCAAUUGCAUCGUCGUCGUGACAGCCCAAUUUCAAUACAGUUAUUUUCGGAUUCGGUUGGGCUGUAGGGAGUAGAUAUGGCUAGGGAUUGGGAUAUGUCGAGGUCACCGGCGUAUAGGAGGUAUUCCCGGUCUCCUUCUCCGGUGGUGCACAGAUCUAGCCACCGAAACCGUCGGGACAGAAUUCGAUCUCCGUAUUCGCGUAGCAGAAAACGAAGCCGCUCAUUGUCACCAAGACGUCAUAAAAGUCGCUCCCCAACAUCAAAGCGCCAUAGAAGACAAAGAAGUAAGAGCAUAUCGUUGUCACCUAUUGGGAAACCUCCCAGAUCAAGUACUGGAUUAAAAGAGCAGAAGGAUGAUAGUGAAAUGCUAAGAAAACUGGAACAGGAAAAGAAAAGGUAUAUGUAUAGUUUUAUAUCCUUCUCUUCCUUUUUUUCUUACAUUUUUCUUUAAGCAAUUACGUGCUUUUAUUCCUAAACUAGGGUGAUGGAUUGGAUGUUUAAGGAUUUCCCUGUUUGGAUUCAGUUGUGCAUAUACUUCAUCAAUUUAUAACUUUUUGCUGGUCAACUAUUGAGUGAGCUGCUAUAGACAUAUAGGCUGAAUAUGCGAAUGCCCAUGCUAUUCCUUUUAAGGCUCAUUUAUCUUUGUGUAUGUUUGGGACCAGUUUAGCUUAACUUACAAUAAAGAUGGUCCCUUUGCAAUUUUGGCUGAUUAGUAGUAAAGUCAUUAUCUUUGAGUGCCAUUUUUGUUUCAUAUUUUUUUCUGAUUUUCUUUAACCUACAACUGCUAUUAAUCUUAUUUAAUUUUUUUGUACCUUAAUCUGUUUCCCUCUCCCUAGUUUGAUGCUUGGGCUAAGGGGCAUUUAUAAAAUUAUUUACCUAAUGUAGAAGUGCAGUCUAGAAUACUGUCUAUGGCAAGAACCCUAUUAUACAUGUGGAUAUAAAAUACUCCAUAAACAAAUAAAAAUAGAAAUCAAAUUUCUAGAAUCAGUCUGACACUUGUCAAAAUUUUAUUUCAACGACAGUUAGUCGUCUUUUCUGUUCUGCUUUAUGCAUCUGUGGGAAGUCAGGCUUGUAAUUUUUAGUUGUUGAUGACUUGAUGCUCAAGUCGUCAUUUUGGCCUGGCCAUUAUCAAUUCAUUUCAACAUGUACUUUGGGUCCUCUAAAAAAGUCUACAGAUAUUCCUGUUAUAAUGCUCACUUCCAAGGAAACUCAGUCUUGUUUAUUGAAUGAUCAAUGCCUAAGUCAAUAUAAUGAAAACAUUGGUCAUAUUUUAACAACAAGAAUUUGUUUUUCACAAUUGUAUCUUAACACAAGGCUUGAAGUAUGUGAUUACCUUCAAAACUGCAACAGGUUACUUUGAAUUCUUCUCCACAGGCUUAAUUGAAGGAAGUUACUGCUAUAUUCAACUUGUUAUGUUUGAUGAUCAAUUUGGAUGCUUCGUUUACAGUUUAUCUACUGUUCACCAAGUUUGAUACUCAUCUGUUUCUACAGAAUUCAGUUAAGAGGUAUGCUAUAAAGCAUAAGCAUAUCUAUUUAGUGCCUAUGUCAUAUGGAGGUUAGUUUGUCAUCCACUUUAGUUAUAUACAUAUCAAGGAAAAGGUGUGGUUAUUUUUUGAAAACUCAAGUCAAAGCUCCUUAAGUAUUGUUACUGCUAUGUUGUUUUAAGAAACAUUAGAAUUUUCGAGAAUAUGAUGAAAUGGAAAUAUUAGGUGUUUUCUGCAUCACUGGCCAUUCCUUUGUCUGAUAUUGCCAUCUUUUUUUAACAGGCGCCAGCAUGAAGCAGAACUGAAAUUAGUAGAAGAAGAAACUACAAAGAGGGUUGAAGAGGCAAUUCAGAAAAAAGUUGAAGAGAAGUUGAACUCUGCCUACAUGAAGCUUGAAAUUGAUAAGCGACUUUCAGAAGGUCGGAAGAAGCUUGUCAUUGAGGUUGCAGCUCAGCUUCAAAAGGAGCGGGAAGCUGCACUUAUCAUGGCCAAACAAAAGGAGGAGCAAGCCAGGAAGGAGGCCGAGGAAAUGGAUAAGAUGCUUGAAGAGAAGAGGAUGAAGAUCGAAGAAGCUCAGAGAAGGGAAGCUUUGGAGCAGCAGAGGAUCGAGGAGGAACGAUAUAGGGAACUGGAGGAGCUUCAAAGACAGAAAGAGGAGGCUAUGCGAAGGAAGAAACAGGAAGAAGAGGAAGAACGUGCCAAACAAAUGAAGCUGUUGGGCAAGAACAAAUCUCGCCCAAAGUUGUCUUUCGCUUUCGGGUUAAAAUAAAUCUGGUCGACUAAUGAAGAUUCCAGAAGAAGGUCCGUCGUCAUCUGUGUAUUUCUGUAUUUUUUUUUCCUUUAGCCUUUUUUUUUGUUUUUACUGGGCAGUGUUUUUGUGUUCAAAUUUGAUGGCAAAUGAAUGAAUGAAGUGUUAGCAGUUUAGAUGUAAUACAACCAACAGUGAACAUGAAAGUGUGGCAACAAUAGGCGCUGCUUACAAUUUCAG